AUAUUAAUAGGCGCAUGCUCUCAAGAUUUGUUCUUUCCAGUGGAAAUUCUGUUUACGGUCUUUCAAAUAUUGAUGAAGUAUGGAGUCGAAAGUAGUUGACAAUGUGGCAAUGUGUGAGAGUGAAGAAGAAGAAGAAGAAGAUUAUGUGAUAAAUGUUCCUUCAAACUUUCAGCCGAAUGAUCGUGGUUUGGGUUUUCAGUUAUUCAGCAGUAUGGAAAAAUAUAAGAAUUCUGUUGCACAGUUCAUCACCGAUAAUGAAGGAGAACAAACCUAUGGUGAAUUACUGAAGAAAAGCAUUAGAACAGCAUUGCAUCUUAGAGAUAGAGGAUUAAACAAUAAUGACGUAGUGAUGUUAUGUUCGAACAAUCAUGAAAAUAGCUGUAUUCCCUUCAUAGCAAGUUUAUUUUUGGGAGUUCCUGUCGCAUCUCUUGAUCCUGCUUUAUCAAUCAUGGACACAUCUCAUUUGUUGAAGGAAGUCACACCUAAAAUUAUGUUCGUUGUUUCUCAUGCGUUGGAAAUGAUAGAAACGUCUCUGUUAGAAGCAGACAUCGAAACUGAAAUCGUUAUUUUUGGCAGCUCAGACAAGUAUACGGAGUUUGCGGAUUUCCUGCAGUUCCAUGAGGAUGAAGAAAAAUUCAUUCCUGUUUAUGUAUCGAGUUUGCAAGAGACGGCAGUAAUUUUCUUCAGUAGUGGAACAACGGGUAUACCAAAAGGAAUUAUGAUUAAUCAUUAUACUCUAAUGGGCCAGACUGACAAUCUGAUCUAUCAUCAAUACGAUAUAGCCAAGUGCAAGGUUCGUCAACCCUUGGUUGCAGAAACAACACAAAUGCACGAAGUCACCAACAUAAGUCAGUCGCACUCUGCUAAUGACUCCUAUUUAGAGAAAAAAGUGAAGCAAUCUUCAUUUACUCCGAUGCAGGCCAUUUCAUCGCUGUUUCUGUCACCAUCGCAAGCUGUGGAUAUGGUUAAAGCUGGACGUCCUGACCAUCUUGAUACUACCAGUCUUUGGACUUGCUUUACCGGUGGCGCUGCUUUAUCCGAAAAAUAUAUAGAAACACUGAGAGACCUACUUCCGGGAUGUUUUGUGUUUCAAGUUUAUGGACAAUCAGAAGUUGCUGGAAUUUUAACUCAGUUUAAAACGAACCAAGUCCGUGACUGUCUAUACUUGCACCAGAAACCUAGAUCGGUUGGCGUUGCAGUGGCUGGUUUCAAGUACAAGAUAGUCGAUACUGAUACAGAAAUAAUCUGUGGUCCAAACAAACCUGGAGAACUGAGAGUGAAGAGCAAAUUCGUAAUGAAUGGUUACUUCAAAAAAGAUUCUUCAGAAUCUUUCGACUCUGACGGAUGGCUCAGGACUGGUGACGUAGUUUAUUAUGACGAAGAUGGAUGUUUUUUUGUAGUUGAUAGAAUCAAAGAGAUGCUGAAGUAUAAGUCAUGGCAUAUAGCACCAGCAGUACUCGAACAGAUCCUAGUGAAUCAUCCAGCUGUUAAAGAAGCCUUAGUGAUAGGUAUUCCUCAUGAAGAAGAUGGCGACCUUCCUAUGGCCCUGCUCACAUUGAACGAUAACUUCAGAGAAAAAAUUACUGGACAAGACAUAGAGAGUUACGUGGAAGAUAAAGUUCCAGACAGAAUGAAGUUACGAGGUGGAGUGAAGUUCCUUGAGAGUUUCCUCUUAACCCCGUCAGGAAAGGUGAAAAGAAGAGAAAUGAAAAAUAUGAUUUUGAAUGGAGACAUAUGAAAAAUUACUUUACUCGCUAGUUACUAUAUAUUUUCCAGGGUAAUUUUGGUUUGAAAUUGUACUAUAUGUAAUCAAAAUCUGUCGAAUAAAAUAAUAUUGAGGUGCUGCUGAUGAAA